GCUUGCGACAGGCAGAAAGUAACUCGCAGAAUUUUCCGAGGGCCAUUUGCUCUUGGCAAGACCGUUUUGACGUGUGGUUGCCCCUCAAGAAUGUAGGACCAUCUGUCAAAAAGCAUGACAUCAACAACAGAAUGUUAGAAAGGGUUUCCAUGUGGGUCAUGAAUUCCCAUUGAUUAACCUGUCCAGGAGUUGGUUCCUUGGACGCCCCAUGCCUUUUUGGUCUGCUGCUUCAAGAUGAUGUGACUAAAAUUAAUGUCUCAGUAAACAAUCUGUAUUUUCAUCCUUUAUCACAAUGUCGGCUGAACAGCCCUCUAACGAAAGUGAAAUCAAUGAGGAAAAGCAAGCGGAAGAUACAAAUAAAGAGUCAGGGGGCAGUGGUUCAGCUCUGGCCCAAAAUGGAGAGGCUUCAAAGAGUGGACACCAGGUCCUAAAGGACAUUGCUAUUCCUGGUCCAUCUAAUGGAGAGUCGAAGUUGCGGGUUGAACAAUCAUCCAGUACCUCUACAGACCAGAAAUCCCGUAAACGUGAAAGAUGUGAUGAUGAUACAAGCAAUAGCGAUGAGGAUGAUGAUAAAAAAGUUGAGAGUAAUGAAGCUCCAGCUGAAGAUAGGCCAAAUGAUAAUGAAACCUGUCCCUUCCCUCGAUUACGAAUAAGAACCCGACACAGGCGCUAUCGACGUCGCCUUAAUGACAGGAGCAGUAGCAGCAGCAGCAGCAGCAGCGGUACCAGCAGCAGCAGUGGUUCUAAAAACAGCUUGAGCUCAUCAGAUGACGAACGGCCUCAUGAUGCAACCAGUUCGAGUAACCCUGUUUCACAUCCAGACGACUCUGACAGUUCUGCUGACAGCUUGCUUGGUGAUAGGAUCUUGCAAGUGUUGACAAAUCAGGCACGGGCAAGACGCCUGGCUUUGGACAGUGAUGAUACAUGGAGUCUUAUGGACUCUGACGAUUCUGAAGGCGAUUCUCGAGUCCGUAAUACUGAAAUUGGAAAAGUUAAAAUUAAUGAAGAGAAAUAUCCUAAAUGUUUAUCAAAAGAGAUACCAAAACACAAGUGGAGUGUUACUAAAGCCAUUCUCAACAGGCAGAUUGGUAUGAACACAAAACAUCAAGAACCUCAAUUGUUCUCACAACGCUGCUAUGGCUCAUUGCAUUGUGUUAAGAGACUUGAAUUGAUGUACAAAUUGGAUAAACAUCAUGGGUGUGUGAAUGCUAUAAGCUUCAAUCAAUCUGGGACUCGUCUUGCCUCUGGUUCUGAUGAUAAAAAAAUUAUUGUUUGGGAUUGGGCUAUUGGUCAGAGUCUCUUAUCAUAUAGUAGCGGACAUACAAACAAUGUUUUUCAGUGUAAGUUCCUUCCUAUGACUGGGGACAACCACAUAGUAUCAUCUGCCCGGGAUGGGCAAGUGCGACUGGCUGUCUUGUCAUCAACUGGUGAAUGUCGUGGAACAAGGAGACUUGCUCAUCACCGGAGACCUGUAAACAAACUUUCUCUUCUCCCAGAAACACCCCAUGUGUUUUUAAGUGCAGGGGAAGAUGGAAAAGUGAUGGCUAUUGAUGUUCGUAACAGUAAACAGUCUACUCUUGUUACAGUUAGAAAUAAUAGGUCCAAAGUGGGUUUGUACAGUGUUGACUCACAUCCUCUGAAUAGUGAGGAGUUUUGUGUGUGUGGAAAAGAUUAUUACAUCCGAAUUUAUGACAAACGCAAGAUUGAUGUUAAUGGAGCUCCUAUGAAGAGAUUCUGCCCAAGUCAUAUUGUUGGCACUGAUAAAUAUACCAAUGUGACAUGUGCCCUAUACAAUCAUGACGGUACAGAAAUUUUAGGAUCUUACAAUGAUGAAAGCCUUUAUUUGUUUGACACUCGACAUUCGGAUGGAGCUGAUUUUGUCCACAAGUAUGAAGGUCAUCGAAAUAGUGCCACAGUUAAAAGCUGUGACUUUUUUGGACCCAAGAGUGAAUAUAUCAUGUCAGGAUCAGAUUGUGGACAUAUAUUUUUCUGGGACAAGAACACUGAAGCUAUAGUCCAAUUUAUGCGUGGUGAUGAGUCUGGUGUGGUCAAUGCUUUAGUGGGUCAUCCUCAGUUCCCAAUUCUAGCUACAAGUGGAUUAGAUUCAGAUGUUAAGAUAUGGGUUCCAUCAUGUGAAGAAGAUCCUGAAAUGAAGGAGCUAAAAAAGACAGUGGCGCAGAACCUGCAAGAUCGAAUGGAUGAGCAGCCUUACAGAGUAGAUGUAUUUGAAACUGAUCUCAAUUUCGGUUUUCCCAGCAGGUUCAGGGCUUCUGUGGUUCGUAACUUUUCCUUUUAUGAGCACUCCCUUCUUACGCUAUUCUCACUCAAGUUAAAUUUUGUGUCCUUCUGUUAUCAGACUCAUUCUACACCAAGGUCUUCAAGUUCUGAUGGCAGUGACAGUGAUGGGAAUUCCCCUCGAAUUCAGUGUCCUCAAUCUUAACUAGAAUCUGCUUUGGUCUAUUUUUGGAAGACUCUCAAGUUGAAUCUGUUUUUAAUCUGUUCUGUAGCCUAGGCAAACUAAUAUUGAAUAUGGUUGAUUCUUCUUAUAUUUUAAGUUGGAAUAAUUUCUACAACACUGCUCAUUGUUUGUAAGUCAUUUUAAAUAGUACAAUAUAAUUUGAGGGAUAAUUGCUUUAUUCAGCUGUUAAGUAACAUGUGAUUAUAGGGCUGUUAAUUAUUA